AUGGCUGUAGUCGAUGUUCUCUUCACCUGGUGGGCGCUCCCCAUCGGAGCAGCUGCCCUCGUCGCUACAUAUCUCUACUCAUACUUCGUCACAUACGGUCAUCUCAGGGAUAUUCCGGGACCUUUCCCCGCGCAGUUCUCCAAUCUAUGGCUUCUCUACGUCUGUAGACGUGGUGAGAGAUAUCGCGUUGUGGAUGAGAUUCACAAGAAGCUUGGCCCUGUGGUUCGCAUCCAGCCAAACCACACAUCAAUAGCCGACGUGGACGCCAUCAAUACUAUCUACGGCCACGGGAACGGAACAUUGAAAUCCGAGUUCUAUGAUGCUUUCGUCUCAAUCCGACGAGGCCUCUUCAAUACCCGUGAUCGCACCGAGCACACGCGCAAACGCAAGCUCAUCUCUCAUGUCUUCUCCGCCAAGUCCAUCAGUCAAUUUGAGCCAUACAUCCAUGCAAACCUGGAGCUAUUCGUCAAGCAGCUAGACAAACUUGUUGCAUCUGGCCAGACCACGGACAAAAACGGCAAACGACAGGCUCUCAUCGAUUGUCUCCCUUGGUUCAACUACCUCGCGUUCGACGUCAUUGGCGAUCUCGCGUUUGGCGUCCCAUUUGGUAUGCUUGCCAACGGCGCUGACAUAGCAGAAGUCAGGGAUACCCCCGAUAGUCCACCGAUUUACGCAUCCGCCAUUGAGAUCCUCAACCGGAGAGGUGAAGUCAGCGCAACACUAGGCUGCUUCCCACAGCUGAAGCCCUACGCUCAGUGGUUGCCUGACCCCUUCUUUAGCAAUGGUCUCAACGCGGUCAAAAACCUUGCAGGAAUUGCCAUCGCGCGUGUCAAGGCCAGGCUGGAUAACCCGCCUUCCAUUGAACGAAAGGAUCUCCUCGCGCGACUCAUGGAAGGCAGGGAUGAGAAGGGUGAGCCGUUGGGGCGCGAGGAACUAACGGCGGAGGCUUUAACGCAGCUCAUCGCCGGUAGUGACACAACGUCUAAUUCAUCCUGCGCUUUGCUAUAUCACGUCACACGAACCCCGGGCGUUCUCGAGAAAUUGCAGGCAGAGCUUGAUGAGGCGAUUCCAGCUGAAGUGUCUGUGCCAACCUAUGACAUGGUUCGCGAUCUAUCCUACCUCAACAACGUGAUCAACGAAACCCUGCGUUACCACUCCACAUCAGGUAUUGGACUCCCUCGCCAAAUUCCGGAGAACUCUCCCGGUGUUACGAUCAAAGGGCACUACUUCCCACCAGGCAGCGUCCUCAGUGUUCCAACAUACACUAUCCAUCACUCCAAGGAGGUCUGGGGCCCUGAUGCAGAUGACUUCAAGCCGGAGCGUUGGGACAAUGCUACGACGCUUCAAAAGACUGCUUUUAACCCGUUUAGUCAUGGGCCGAGGGCGUGCGUUGGGAGGAAUGUGGCGGAGAUGGAGAUGAAGUUGAUUGCGGCGACGUGGGCUAGGAGGUAUGCGCCUGAGCUGAAGCAGGAGGUUAUGGAGACUCGUGAAGGCUUUUUGAGGAAGCCACUUGGUUUGGAUAUUGCUCUGAUGAUGAGGUAG